AUGGGCAACGAUGGCGGCUCGAUUCCUACGCGCCGCGAGCUUGUCAAAGAAGCCGCGAAGAACCCGUCUGCAACCGACUUGAAGGAGAAGCAACGCGAGCACCUGGCGCACCGCUGGUCACAAUGUCCUGUUUCGCACAAAGCGCUCACGAAACCGAUUGUCUCCGACUACUCGGGCGAUCUGUACAACAAGGAUGCGAUCAUUCAGUAUCUCCUGCCCGUGGAAGUGUCGGGCAUCGAUAAGAAAGAGUACGAUGCGUUCAUACAAGGGCGGAUCAAGGGCUUGAAAGACGUCGUCGAGGUGCAGUUUGAGGUCGAGAAGGAUGAUACGCUGAAGACGGAGAAGAGGGUUUGCCCCAUCACGGGCAAGGAAUUGGGUGUUGGUGUCAAAGCGGUGUACUUGGUACCGUGCGGCCACGCGUUCAGUCAAGAGGCCGUCCGCCAGAUUGGGACUGGCGAGUGCUCCGUGUGUAAUGCAAAGUACGAGGAGAGAGAUGUGGUACCUAUCUUGCCCAGCACCGACAUCGACAAAGAGUUCGUCAUGAACCGAAUGAACACACUUCGCGAACUAGGCCUUACACACUCUCUCAAGAAGGACAAGAGCAGCAAGAAGCGGAAAGCAACUGGCGAUGACAACGGAAAGAAAGAGAAGACUAACGGAGAAAACGCUGAGAAGUCCGGCACGUCGAAGAACGAAUCUUCAAAUGGUAUCAAGAACUCCGCCACGGCAAGCCUGACGAAGCGCGUGCUCGAGGAGGAAAAUGCCAAAAAGAAGCGCAAGCUCGAGAAUGAGAACAUCAGCUCGCUGUACUCGAAGAAGAAUGGCGAGAAGCUGAGAGACAAUGAGUUCAUGACGCGAGGGUUUUCUGUGCGGUGA